AUGGCGCAGGUUCGACCGAUUAUCGACUGCUUUUGUCAGAUACUGUCGAAACAUGGUUUUUCAAAAUUAUCAUCAGAAACAUUUCGUUUAGCCAAAUUUGAUCAACCAGAAGCGGCUGCUCCAUUAUGGCGACUUUUGUUUGAAAUGCUUUAUUAUUCUAAACAUGAGUAUCUAGACGAAAAUAUUGUAUCAAAAAAAUUCACACAAACAUCAAAAGCCGAUGUAAUUCAUUUAAUUAAAUGUGAAUUAUUUCAACGUGGUUAUACUUAUGAUAAUUUUCUUGAUAUUAAACCAGAUAUGAAACAUGGAAGUAGACAGUUAUUAGUCUGUGUAGGUUGGUUAAUAUAUCAUCUAAAAUUAAUGGAAAUAUUUAUUCACAAUGCAACAUCGCAGUCAAAUAUUCUAGAGAAUGAAGAUACAUCUGUUUUACAUCAAGAAUUACUAUCCAAUAUGGCAUUAAAUGAGAAUCUUCCAGCUCAUGAUAUUAUUUCUGAAGUUAAAUGGGCAAUAAAUUUAAAUAACAAACUACGCUAUGGUCUUCGACGAGUGUAUCAUUUGUCGAUAGAAAAAACAAAACUACAACAUGAGAUUCAUUCUCGAUAUCGUUUAUCUGAUAAAGAUAUAUCAUCAUUGGAAGCACAUCUAUGCCAGAAUCCAGAUCUUCUAGAAAAUUAUGUGAGUCUGCUUGAUGAUGAAAAUGGAAAAUUGCAAUUAUUUUUAUUCUGGAAACAAAAAGAAGAUAUAUUUUGGAAAUGGAUGGAAAGUGUUUUGGAUCAAACGGCACCUACACCAGUUUCAUCUGAACUAACGACAAAUGAAAAUGACGAGAAUAUUGACGAAAUGUUUGUAUCAUUAGCCAGUUUAUAUGACCAAAUGUCGACAAAUUCUUCAACAUCGACUCAUAGUAUCGAAUAUAAACGUUUACAAGCAGAAAAACAACGUUUUAAUGCUGCACUCGAUACCUUGGAUACGGCUCUGGUUCGAUUAGAAUUAUUAUGGAAAUCAGAACAUGGUCAAGUAUUGCUGAAUGAUUUCGAAACAAUUGUUGAUAAUAUCGAUAAUGAAGUGUCAAAUUUAUUUUGUGAAUUAUUAUCUACGGGUACACAAUCUGUUGACCAACAACAGCAGCAUCUUUAUUCACAGAUUUUAAAUGAUGAUUCGAAUCCAGUUGUUCAACGUCGUCUUAUAUUUGAACCACAAUCUGUAAAACAUGUCAGUUCCAAUUCUAGUGGCAAUGAAGAGUCUCGUUUCAUAAAGCCUAUUGAGUGUGAAUCUAUUUAUCGAUCAUCUCAUGUCAAUGAAUUAAAACAUUCCAUUUCACGAAAAGAACAACAACAAAAAGCUCAGUUAACAGCAUUAACGAAUCAAUUUGAGAAUGGCAUGAUUAUUGAUAACAGUCCACAUUCUGUUGUUUGA